AUGCCGUACGUUGACCCCGCCAAUUACCCCACGGAUAUUCCGGAGGGUGGCUGGCAUGCGGACGUUGACGACGCUGACGACUUCCGUCUUCCGUCCGGUCUUGACACAGACCUCUUCCUUUACCGCGCCGAACGUACGGACGGCUCGCUCUUCUGGGUCGUGAAGGAGAAUGCGCGCACGGCUGCGCGCUCACCCACUGCCGAGCAGUUGGCUGCAGCUAUCGGCUUCUCCAAAGAUCGCCUUAUCCGCGCCCUCUGGGCCGAGAUCGGCACCCUCCACGCUCAGCCGCCUCAGCCGCCUCAGCCGCAGGGCCCACAAGGCCCCGCUCAGGCUGCUGCCGCCCGUCCUCAGCAAGUUCGCCUGCCACUGCCGCGUAGCUUCAGCGGAGUGCCCACCAAGGAGGGAGUGUACAACCCGGAGCCGCGUGACUUCACCGUCACCAUCAGCCAUUACGUGUACGCCCAGAGUCAGGAACUCGGCGUGGCCUUCGACGAAGACAGAAAGAUUCGUGUCUUCUCAAGCUUCCUUGAACAAUCCGCGGCCCGCUGGUAUCAUCAGCUGCUCCAGGAGCGGGAGAUCACCUUGCGCAGUGGCCAACCCUACACCGGCCCACUCAACGACACCGACGCCCUGGUCGCGGCCUUCCUGCGCGAAUAUGAGGACGUCAACAUCCGUGCCACAGCCAAGCACAAGAUCCGCACCCUUCAGCAGGACAGCACGGCAGAGGCGCAUGUACGCUUUUUCAAGGAGUAUGCCAUGCUCAGCGGCUAUGGCGAGGAGGCACUCAUCGACUGGUUCAAGUCGAGCCUCAAGGUCGCCUUGAAGGACAAGGUCAACGGGCAGGGCAAGCAGCGUCUGACUACGCUGGAGGGCUGGUAUGAGGAUGCCAUCCUCUUUGACCGGCAAUAUCGGGAGGACCAGCUGGAUCGCGCGCUGGCACGCAAGUCUUCGCAGCCGGCCACCGGCAACACGUCCGCGCGCAACCAGUCCGCCGGCGCGAACAACAAUACCGGUCGGCCCACGGGUGGCUCGCAACAGCAGCAGGCACCGCGUAACGCCAACCAGUGGCAGCCACGCAACGGCAACUGGCGCCCUUGGGGCGCUCCCGCCCAGCAACAGCGCGCACCAGCACCAGCGGCCAAGACUGGCGUGGUCUCCAUGGACAUUGAUGCGGCCAACGCGGCCAUGGCGUGUUACCGCUGUGGUGAGAACCACUUGGCGCGCAACUGCGACACGCCCACGGAGACUAUUCGGCAAAAGUACGGUCGGGAUAGGAUGAUUCCUUUCCCUCCGGGCUAUCGGGCCCGCGCCACCACGUUCGCCAAUGUGGACGACUUCGCCGCCUCGCUGUCUCCGGCUGAUCGGGCCGACUUGGCACGCGUGCUGCAGAGUGGAGGGGAAGCACCGGCUGCUCCCCCAGCUCAAGCGUUGCAGCAGGGUUUUGCCAGCGGCUCGUCGUGA